UCUCGCAAUGUUUCUCCUUUUGCUACCUUUCCGAUCACCUCACUCUCGUGCUGAACGCGUAUUUGUGACUUUUCGGUAACAUCGAUCCAGCAUGCGCAUCAUUCUCGCGUUCUUAGCUGCUGCGGCUUUCGCCCAUGCUGGUCUUUUCGAACAGGAGGUCUUCGCCGACCGGAAGCCACAUGCUGAUUCGGCGGAGGACGUUAUUAAUGUUGUGAAUCUAGAGAUCGCAGCACUCGGCGCAGCGAUCAGCCUUAUCAGUCCGAUUCCUGGCUACCCAGAAGACCAGGAUGGCUCGUCCGCGAACUUUACGAUCGCCGGAGCUAUAGAGUCAGAGAUGUGUUCGUCCUUAGAGCAGGACAAAUACGAGGGGUGGAAAAAAAUCCCACCGAGAAUACAUGCAUCCGACUAUGAACGGGUCCAAAACGCCACGGGAAAGUUGUGUCAGAGCAUCCAGCUCUUCCAUACCACACUGAGCUCGAAGAAGGACUGGAUCGACAGGCUCGGCCAACUGUCGCGGUAUCGGCAGCUCAUGAUAAUUUGGCAGAACUCCUUCAUGUACUAUGGCAGGAAGCUUGUAGAAGUGGGCGGCAUGACACCACAACAAACCGUGAACAUGGACCUCAGCUUCUUCGAAGUGAUUCAGGCUCUGCGUUAGAUGCACGACUAGGCCGAGCGUAGGCUGCUCUCCAUGUCUGUUUCGCGAUGGCUUGACGUUUGUGCCGCUUGAAAAGAUUACCGUACCCUAAGCCAGCGCGAUUUGGGUCCAAAAUUGUGAGAGAAGCCAAGUUAGCGAAAACACGGCAUUGGUAGGUGCGAACGCUUCCCAAGCAGUAUGUAACACGGCUCCUAUCUAUCAGUCCCAUAUAGCAAAUUUAGUCGGUAGCAUCUCCUACACAACAUCAGAUAACUAUGAAAACACGUAUACCCUGC